UCCUCUCUUUCACUGUCAGUUCUGGUUUGCCCAUCUUAGCGUGUACAUCAAGGUCUUCUUUCUUAUGCUUCAAGAUGACCACAACAGUUGGGAACAUUUCUGAAGGCUUUAACACAACCAAGUUUGACAACGUGUCCCAAAGCAUUCCUGAUUCCAGACAAGUGAAAAACCACUCAGCUAACACAGCAUCUCGACCUGAUUGGAUACUCUACACAGUUCCUGCGUCAGCCUUUCUGAUUGGGAUUGUUCUGUUCACAUAUGUCUGCAAAACACAACAAAGCAGAAAUGCACCUGCAAAGCAGAGGACAAACACAAACGAACACUUUGCCACCUACACCGACUUUGGGUACACUAAGAGCAAUACUCAGAGACAUAUGGAAACCAAUGAAAACAAAAAGGAUGACACACAGUCCUAUGAGAAUGUAGAAGCAGCUAUCUACAGCAAUCAAGACAAAGUCACAUAUUAUGUUUCUGCAGAUGAAGAUUAUCUUAACCCCGAUGAAAUGGGGGAAGAAGAAGUGGUGGGGCCAGAGGAUCUUCACAACAACACCCUACGACUGCCAAGCAAUUUGACCGAUACAGGACGCUGCACAAGUAGUAUCUCGGUCUCUUCUUCUCUUCAGAUGGAGAGUCGUAUGAGAACAUGGAGGGGUGUUUAUAUGCUCAGCCUCGCACACAGACACAGCAGCUCCAGCAUGACACUGAAGAAGAGGACUAUAUCAAUCCUGACGAUGAUCGAAAACAAGAUCUCGCUCUGGACCAAACAGACACCGAGUCGUAUGAAAUUAUGGUUGGAUCAGACUGUCCAUAUAACAUGGAGGAUGAUUCAUAUGAACAGAUGAAUGGAAUCCCAGUCCUGAUCUAGAGAAAAAAGGAUGGAAGAAGAGAGGAUGAAUCAAAGAGAUGCAGAGAAACAGACAGCUGCAGUGAAACUGCAAUUUAAAGAGAGACAAAAGACAAACAUUGAGUUUCUUUUUAAGAUUAAAACAGCUACAGGAUGCAUAAUAGUUAUUAUCUUAUUUUUUUACAUGUAAGUAUUGAAACAAAAAUGCACUGUUUAAUCAUUUUUGUUAUUGGUCUCUCUCUCUCUCUCUCUCUCUCUCUCUUUCUAUAUAUUAAAAUACAGGUGCUGGUCAUAUAAUUAGACUAUCAUCAAAAAGUUGAUUUAUUUCACUAAUUCCAUUCAAAAAGUGAAACUUGUAUAUUAUAUUCAUCCAUUACACACAGACAGAUAUAUUUCAAAUGUUUAUUUCUUGUAAUUUUGAUGUUUAUAACAGACAACUGAGGAAAAUCCCAAAUUCAGUAUCUCAGAAAAUUAGAAUAUUGUGAAAAGGUUCAAUAUUGAAGACACCUGGUGCCAGACUCUAAUCAACUAAUUAACACAAAACACCUGCAAAGCCUUUAAAUGGUCUCUCAGUUCAGUUCUGUAGGCUACACAAUCACGGGGAAGACUGCUGACUUGAAAAUUCUCCAAAAGACGAUCAUUGACACCUUGCACAAGGAGAGCAAGACACAAAAGGUCACUGCAAAAGAGACUGGCUGUUCAAAGAGCUCUGUGUCCAAGCACAUUAAUAGAGAGGGGCAAAGGGAAGGAAAAGAUGUGGUCGAAAAAAGUGUAUAAGCGAUAGGGAUAAGCGCACCCUAGAGAGGAUUGUGAAACAAAACCCAUUCAAAAAUGUGGGGGAGAUUCACAAAGAGAGGACUGCAGCUGGAGUCAGUGCUUCAAGAACCACUAUGCACAGACGUAUGCAAGACAUGGGUUUCAGCUUCACAUUCCUUGUGUCAAGCCACUCUUGAACAACAGACAGCGUCAGAAACUUGUAAUAAGUCCAGGACAAUCCAAUAAAAUAUGUUUAACAGAUAAGGGUAUUUUACAAAACAUACAUAGAGUUGGAUCUUCAACCUUAAGCAAAAACGCAUGGGUCAAACUUGUGUGACCCAUAUGACAUCUAGUGUAGACAACUUGAUCAAGUCUAGUUUUAAAAUUGAUAAAAAUCUGUUUGUAAUUUCGCCUGACCUUAACCCGAUAGAAAAUCUAUGGGGUAUUGUGAAGAGGAAGAUGUGAUAUUGCCAGACCCAAGAAUGCAGAAGAGCUGCAGGCCACUAUCAGAUCAACCUGGGCUCUCAUAACACCUGAGAAGUGCCACAGACUGAUCGACUCCAUGCCACGCUGCAUUGCUGAAGUAAUUCAGGCAAAAAGGGCCCCAACAAAGUACUGAGUGCUGUAAAUGCUCAUACUUUUCAUUUUUAUACUUUCAGUUGGCCAAGAUUUCUAAAAAUCCUUUCUUUGUAUUGGUCUUAAGUUAUAUUUUAAUUUUCUGAGAUACUGAAUUUGGGAUUCUCCUUAGUUGUCAGUUAUAAUCAUAAAAAUGAAAAGGAAUAAACAUUUGAAAUAUACCAGUCUGUGUCUAGUGAACGAAUAUAAUAGUUUUACUUUUUGAAUGGAAUUAAUGAAAUAAACUUUUUGAUGAUAUUCUAAUUAUAUGACCAACACCUGUACAUCACAUUAGUCAUUUUUUUAAUGUGGUUUUGUUUGUUUGAAGUCUUGAUACAACCCAAGACGUUUCUUUGUUAAAGUCACCAACUGGGUUGCAAUUGUAAAGAGCUUCCUGAACACCAUUUAUUGUUUAAUUGCUGUAUUAAUAUUAAAAUAUCUGUCACAACAAAGACCUAAUGAAUGAGUUUGUCAAAAUGCAAAAUUCAAGCACAGAUUCUUUACAAUCAUUCACCAACGCACUCAAAUGUAUUGAUUUAAACAUCACACUUUAUAGGAAU